UUGUUUCAUUUCAAUUCAACCCCCAAAGUAACUCCUCUUUAACACAAAAACGUCAUUCAUUACGCCGGAAACCACAACACCCUCGCCGGUAAUCGUAACACACAUCUUUUUUUUUUUCUUUUUUUUUUCACUUUACACAUACAAAAUGAAAUUGUAUACACAUAUUCAGUUAUUCACCACAAUUCUAUUAUAAUUUCCGAUUUCUAAAACCCUCACAUGUGCGGCAACAAAAUGGCCGUACAGGCAGACGAACCAAACACAACAAAGAAACAUUCCAAUUCCAGAUCGGCUCGAGCCACCACAUCAUCGGCUCCAUACUCAUCCAGCCGAUCACAAUCACAACGACCCGAUCCAACUCACUCAUCCACCACCACAACCACAGCCUCAACCUACACUUACGACGGCGGCACCGGCACCGGCUCAAGCUACCGGCUCAACAGCUCAACCGCCACCGCAGAAGCCUCCGUAUCUACGAGAACCUCACUCUCCAGCUUCCGUAACUCCUUACCGGAAAACACACACAUAUACGAUUUCUCCGAGAUCCGUUCCGCCACUAACAACUUUUUAUCGAAGCGGUUUUCGUCAUCGUCAACGCCGUCGUGGCGGUGUGUUCUCCGUGGUAAGGAUGUGGUGGUGUUCCAACGGAAGUUUCGCCGGCCGAUUCAGGAUUCGGAAUUGCGAGAGAAGUUAUCGGUGAUUUACAGGAGUCAUCAUAUGAGUAUAAUUAAGCUCACCGGAGCGUCAAUUUCCGGCGAUUAUAUAUACCUAGCGUAUGAUUACACGUCCGGCGGAAACCUAACGGAUUGCUUACGUAACAAACGGAAUCCUGAGUUUACUGUGUUGAGUUCGUGGAUGUCGCGGAUGCAGAUCGCUACAGAUCUGGCGUCUGGAUUGGAUUAUAUACAUAACAAAGCUGGAUUGAAGAUUAAUUUGGUGCAUAAGUAUGUGAAAUCGAGUAGCGUGAUUGUUACGGAACCGUCGUUUAAUGCGAAGAUUUGUCAUUUUGGUACGGCGGAGUUGUGCGGUGAGACGGUUGUUGAAGCGAAAGUUGUGAAACAGAGUGAGAUUGAGGAGAUUGAUUCGCCGGAACGUUCUCCAGCGAAGAAAUUGACGAGAUCUGGAAGUAGAACGAUGCAAUUUGAAGGUGUGAAUGGUUAUAUGUCGCCGGAGUUUCGUGGUCUUGCAACGCAGAAAUCUGACGUGUAUGCCUUUGGUGUGGUGAUUUUGGAACUGUUAUCCGGUGAGGAGCCGGUCAAGUAUAGGUAUGAUAAGGUGAAUGGGGAGCAUGUGAAGACAUUGGUGGUGGAGACAGCUAGGUCCGCGGUGGGAGGAGACGGUGGAGAUGAGGCGGAGAUUGAAGGGCGGUUGAGGCGGUGGGUGGAUAGGCGGUUGAAGGAUUCGUUUCCGGUGGUUGUUGCGGAGAAGUUGACUCGAAUAGCGUUGGAUUGUGUUGUGGAUGAUCCGAAUUUGAGGCCUAGUAUGAGCCGCGUUGCGGGUAAGAUAUCGAAGCUUUAUUUGGACUCGUUAAAGUGGGCCGAUACGAUUCGGAUACCGACUGACUUUACGGCAUCCUUUGCUCCAAGGUGAUGGUAUUAUAAUUUUUAAGUAACCCUAAGCUGUAUCUGAUGUUCAGAUUUAUAUGUUUACCUUGAUGUUAUGAUUAUAGGUUGAUAUAAUUAAAUAUACAUAUUCAUUCAAAUUCAAAAUAU